GCAAGUUGCAACCGACGACAACGACUACAAAGUACAACUACGUCCGAGAUUAAAGCGCCGAGCUUUUUCAAUUUUUCCGCUCUAGAUUCCGCAUUUCCGCCGUUUUCCUCGUCGGGUUCCUGUCUCUCCCCCUCCCGGUCAACCGUCGGCUGCCCGACGUAAACACAUCGCAUCAUCGAUAUUGCUGCUCGGGACGGGUCCAGCGAUCAGCCAUCCGUCGAGCACGUGCCCCGUCCACGAUAGAUUAAGCUACGACCGAGACCAGACGAUGACGCGGUCCGUCCGUUGAGAAAAUGCCGCCGUUGCGCGAUCGCACCAAUAACGAGCGUCGUCCGCCGCGAUCGGGCCGCGAACUCCGCCACCGCUGUUGAGUGUAGCAACAGACUCAUUUUAACCUUGGCCGAGCUGUUGUGCCGUAAUCUUUGACCCGCCCCGAGACCCGACUACGACCAGACCGCAACACGCACUGCGAUGGAGUGCGCCAACCUAGACGAGUGUGUCGAGAAUUGGGAUUCGAUAGCUGGUGACUACAAGACUCUCGAGAAUGUCAAUAAAGAAUAUUUAGCCAAGGUAGAAGAGGUUAGUGAUCUUCAAGGUCAAUGUAUGAAACAAGUCAGUCACCAAAAAUAUCGAUUAAAUUUUAUUGCCAAAUCUUUAAAAAAUUUUGAAAAUGAUGAACGUCAAGACAUCAUACAACGGCUUUGGAAAGAUAUUAACCAUCGUCGCCAACAACUGUCAGAUAUUGAACAAUCACUACCCAAGCCCAACGGAACAUAUUUGAAAAUUAUACUGGGCAACGUAAAUGUAUCAAUUUUGAAUAAAGAAGACAAGUUUCGAUAUAAAGAUGAAUAUGAAAAAUUCAAAUUGGUUCUUAGCAUUAUUGGUUUCUUUUUAUCUCUAUUGAAUUUGGUGACUCAUAGGCGUGGAAUCGAAUUGACCUUUUUGUUUCUUUUGGUCUGGUAUUAUUGUACAUUGACAAUACGCGAAAGCAUAUUGAAAGUAAAUGGCUCUAAAAUCAAAGGAUGGUGGCGAGUGCAUCAUUUUAUAUCUACUGUGGCCUCAGCUGUACUACUUGUUUGGCCAAAUUCUGAAACAUGGUUCAUAUUUAGGCCACAGUUCAUGAUUUUUAAUGUAGUCAUUAGCGUAGUUCAAUCAUUCCAAUUUGUAUACCAGCAAGGAGUUUUAUAUAGACUAAAAGCAUUAGGCGAACGUCAUAAUAUGGAUAUUACCAUAGAAGGUUUCCAUUCUUGGAUGUGGCGUGGUCUUAGCUUUUUACUACCAUUCUUGUAUGUAGGGUAUAUUUUUCAACUGUACAACGCAUAUACAUUAUAUAAAUUGUGUUAUCAUCCACAUGCCACUUGGCAGAUUCAGUUAUACUUUUUGAUCCAAUAUGCCAGUUAAUCAAUAAAUGUCAAUCUUCAACAACUAAUAUUGCAGAUGCAGCUGAGUUAUGGCUUACAUUAACAUUACCAGAUGAUUUUAAAAAUAAUAAAACUUUCUCAAAUAGCUUAAAUAAAAGAA